AUGGUAAAGUAUAACUGUUACAAGCCUAAAACGGAGAUCAUUUGCUCGGGAAGUUCAGAAGAUGUUGUGGGACAAUACUACCAAGAUGUGGGCCGCUCCGAUUCUCAAGGAGAUGUAGAUAUCACCAUAGGAGAAGCACUACAAGCCACCGCUCUUACAUCAGGAGAGAAGCCGGUGGAAUGGAGCGAUGCUGCCGCAAUACACGAGGCGGAAGUGAGAGCCACCGGUCGUAAAACCAUAAUGCCCGAUGGCAUCACCGCCGCGGCUCAGUCAGCUGCUACCCGCAAUGCUAGAACAACUAGAGAUGAGGAUAAGACUAAAUUGGGUGAAGUUCUCUCCAAUGCAUCGACGAAGUUGGCUUCAGAUAAGGGAGCAACAAGGGGAGAUGCGGAAUCAGUUAUGAGCGUGGAGAAAAGGGAUGAUCCCAACUUCACUACACAUCCGGCCGGCGUUGCUACUUCCAUAGCGGCAGCGGUUAGGCUCAACCGCAGACAGCGUCCGGGAUGA